AUGUCGAACAUCGUGCACAAGGUCAAGGAGGCGGUGACCCACCACCACGACAAGCCCAGCACCUCCACCAACGCGGGCCCCCACGACUCCAAUAUUGCCAACAAGGCUGAUCCUCGCGUCGACUCUGACCGAGACCACCGCGCUGCAUACUCUGCCGCUGGCACUGGCAACACCACCGCUGGCACUGGUAUUUCUUCUGGCACUGGCACUGGCACUGGCACCGGCACUGGAGCCUACGGUGCUGGAACCGGUGGUUACACUGGCACAACCACCGCUGGUCCUCACGACUCUAACCUCGCCAACAAGGCCGACCCUCGCGUCGACAGUGACCGAGGUCAGUACGGUACCACCGGCGGCUUGACCUCUGGCGGCGCCUAUGACACCAACCCCAACUCCACCAAUGCUGGCCCUCACAGCUCCAACCUCGCCAACAAGGUUGAUCCCCGCAUUGACUCUGACCUCGACAACCGUGCCCGUCACCAGAAUCUUGGUGGUGGCGUAGGUGCACCCUCUGGAAGUAGCUACACUACCCCUGGCAGCGGGUCUGCCCAGCAGACUGCAGGUCCUCACGACUCGAACAUUGCCAAUAAGCUUGAUCCUCGUGUCGACUCUGACUUGGACAACAGCCGCACCAUCGGUGGCGAUGCUACUCGCUACUAA